UUGACUUUGUUUCCAUCAUUUACAUUAGGGACAUUGGAAUUAACAGCGCAAAUAAACCUAACAUUCAAACUCAUAAAUCAAUGAUCACCAAUUUGUAUCAAAAUUCUUAACAAAAUUGUGAAUUGUGAUAUAUUUUAGCAGUUGCCACAAUUUUGUAGAGUUCUUCGACUCAUGUCGCUGCUGAAUCAACUCUUCAAUAGGGGACUUCAAGGCUCAAAGUGCAAGACGUGCUUGACCUUGGCAAUCUCACGAAUCAAAUUAUUACAAAACAAGAGAGAUGCACAGCUCAGACUUAUGCGCAAGGAGAUAGCCCAAUUUCUGCAAACUGGCCAGGAAGCCAUAGCUCGAAUUAGGGUUGAGCAUAUUAUACGCGAGCAAAAUGUAUGGGCUGCCUAUGAGAUUUUGGAGUUGUUCUGCGAGUUUGUUUAUGCCCGGGUCCCUAUCCUUGAAAGCCAAAAGGAAUGCCCCUCAGAAUUGCGGGAAGCUGUUGCAAGUAUAAUCUUUGCAGCUCCAAGAUGUUCAGAUUUGCCAGAUUUAUUGCAUGUCAGGAAUCUAUUUGCUGCUAAAUACGGAAAGGAAUUCAUAGCCGCAGCAUCUGAGCUUCGGCCUGAUACAAGUGUUAACCGUACAAUUGUAGAGAAACUUUCAGUCGGAGCUCCAUCUGCUGAAGUAAGGCUCAAUGUAUUGAAGGAAAUUGCAAAAGAGUACAACGUGGAAUGGGAUUCUUCUUACACAGAAGCAGAAUUGAGUAAAAAGCCAGAGGACCUUCUGAAUGGACCAAAGCAAAUUGCUGCGCCUGUUCGGGCAUCUCUAGAACCAAACACUCGUGGUCAUCCACCAACUUCUGAAAAUCCUGUGACGUCUCCAAAUGGCAAUCGAGGAGCUACAAGUCUUAAUUCUCCAACCUCUGUUACUAAAGCACCUCUAUGGCCUACCAAUAUAGCUAAACCAUCACUUACUGACAGCUCUUUGGCUGAUACAUCCAACAUAAAACAGGAUACAAGACCAGAAACAUCAGAUGUAUUGGAGAGAGCUCGUGCUGCUAUUUCUGCUGCAGAGCGUGCAUCUACUGCUGCACGACUUGCUGCAGAUUUGGUUAAUGUCAAGUUCAGUACUUCAAAGAUAGGGGAAGGCAAGAGUUAGUUAAGUUGUUAUUUUUCGAAAUUCGAUCUGUCUGAUGCCUCUUUUCUUAUGUGUGUGUGAGAGAGAGCAACAGGAUCUGAACUUUAUCGUCGUGGCAGCUUAUGUCGAUGCGACACUGUUAUGAAGAAAAAGGCACACAUCAAGUUUACGUAUAAUGCUGGUGGUUUUCUUAUUAGUAAGUGACCAGCUUUGAAGUACAAUAAUGUUUGUAAAAUAUGAAGUGAGUAACAAUUCUGAGUUUCAUGCUU